CGGGUCCGUUGUUCUUUGACCCAUUGCUGUCAACGGUCUACCAAACAUCUUCCUGUUCCUGUUUCUCUAUGGAAGUAACCAAAGGCAAACAGCGUUACCGAUUUAGAGGGAUGUGGACAUGGAUGAAUCGGGUUCAUCAGCCCGCUCAGUCAGUACUUGUGUAGAGCAGGAGGACUGAACAUGUGUGCUGGGUAUGAUGUUUUGGCCAACACUUGUGUUACACCAAGAGCAAAAUGACAGAAGAGACGGCACUGGUGGAGGAGAAGAAGCUGACAGAGCCCUGUGCGGACCCUAACACUGGAGUAAAGAUCCCCACAGAAAACACAAUCUCAGAAUCAAGAGGCACUGAGAAUAUCUCUGGAAAACACACAGUUGCUGGAUGUCUGAUUAUGGGUGCUGCCCUCCAGCCAAGCAGGGGGACCACUGAGGAAUUAAACACUCAGAAAGAGCCACCUAAACGAGAUGAUAGCUACCCAUCCUCACUUCGCUCCACCUCCACUUCCUGCAGCUCAUACAGCCUAGAAAUCAGUCUGUCCACAACCAAUAACAGUGACAAAGAAUCUAGACCACUGUCUCUUAGGACUCCUCCAAAGAGCAGAACUGGUAAAAAUCAUGAGGCCAAUCCCCCAAGUUCCCAUGACAAUCAGAAACCAGUUCAUCCAGUAACAAAGUCAUAUGGCUCUUUAAAUCCCAAGCCAGUCAAAGAAAAGGAACACUUAGCAGGAUUAAAGGUCACUCAGUGCCUAGAUACACAUGGCACUUCUGAGAUCGUAACCCCCAAGAGCCCAAGAAUAGAAUCCAGUCUGGAAAAGUCAUUUUUGUCCAGUCCUGGUGGUGAUGGGAAGGUAGGAGCUCAACCAAUGUCAACUAGCCAGCCACAUAAAGCAUCUUCCACUCAACCAGACAGCUUUAGUACGGAGAAGCGAGCGAGCCAGGAGGAAGAGGACAUGUUUUAUGCCUUUGUAAUCCUGCAUGCACCGGAAGAUUUUGAAGAAGCUGCUAGACUCAAGACCAGGUUGGAGUCACUCUCCUCAACAACUGGAGCAACUUUUGCUGAGGACUUUGAACUGCCUGGCAUUUCUAACUUCAGGUCUGUGGAGGAUGCCAUCGAGAACUCAGCCUACAUCAUGCUGCUGCUCACAGCAAACUUCAACUCUCACCUAAACGAGACAAACACAGAUUCUGCAUUCAUGAACUCAAUUGAAAAGCCACACAAAUACAACACUGUCAUCCCUCUGCUGCCCCGGACGAAUUGUUUGACUCGUGAUCAAAUGCGUCCCAUUUUGAGAAUUAAAAACCCGCUAGAUGAAACGAAGGACAGAGAAAUUUUUGAAAAGAUGGUCCGAAAGGUCUUGGACUCAAAAAACAUACAGAGACAGAAGUCAAUGUGGAGACAUGCACAACUGCUUAAAAAACAAUGGAAACAACAGCAACGGUUACUGGAAGAGAGACAACUCCAUAUGGACAUCAUUAGAGAGACUACAAGGGUCCGAGUGUUAGAGGAGCAAGUACAGCGCAUGAAAAUGCAAGAGCAACGUCUGCCACCUCCUAAUGCUUACCAGUCCUAUUCAUACCAGGGUUUUAAUGGAAGAACACAGUCCCCUGGUCACACGCAGUUCCCAAGCCCAUGUCCGAUGCCUUCAUAUUACAGCGGAAACAUGUGGCAACAACCACCAUCCAACAUCUGUAUCCAGAAUGCUAAAUGCAUCAUGAUUGGAAAUAACUCCACUAUGACCGUGGAAGGAGGUGUAGACUCUGAAGAUAACCUUUGAAAAAAUAAACACAAUUAAAAAAAGUGCAGUUUACAUCACUAUGAUAUUGGACCUUAAAAUUAUUCAAUGAUCAGCAUUAAUAUGGUAUCACAUUGUUACUCAUAGUGUAAGAUCGGACAGUUCACAUCACAGUUGACUUUUUCGCAUCACAGAUUAGAUCUUUCCAUUACUAAUUAAUUUUUUUUAUUGCAAUGUUUUCUUAAUUUUUGUGUUUGGCUGCAACUCCCCAAAAAUUCUGCAACUUCUUUUCUUUGAAUUUACAUUUACAUACAUUUACAUUUACAGCAUUUGGCAGAUGCCCUUAUCCAGAGCGACGUGCUUAAAUCUCUAACAUUGAAUACAUUAAUGCUGGCUCACUAAGUUACAUACUUAAGAUACCAUGAGUUUAAAACAUUUGUUCAAAGUUUCAAUGAAAAAGUGUCAAAGGUGUUUUUUUUUUUGUUUUUUUUUAAAAUGCAAAAGAUAAGGAAAGAAGUGCUAGUUGAAGUGUUUCCUGAAUAAGUAGGUCUUCAACCACCGCUUGAAAAUAGCCAGUGACUCAGCUGUCUGGACCUCUAGGGGAAGUUUAGUCGUUUAGAAGUUUAGAAUUUAAAUUUAGUCUCCAUUUAGGAGACCUCACUGUAUCCCUUUAGCAGUCUAAUCCUCUACUUUUGUAAAAAUGUUUUAAUGCCUCCUCUGUUGAGACUACUUGCAUGUUCAUAAUUUUAUUAUCCACAUCUGUCCAACACACAGAGUAAUAUGGCUAAACCUAACAGCUCUCUGGGGGUGUUUUUUUUUGGCUAAGAAGUACUGCAUACCACCAUGCUAGUUGCCCCUCAGCCACUAUGUCUUUAAGCUUAUAAGAACAAUGUGAUAAAUACUAACAGUUUAAACGAUUUUAUGAAAAAGCCAUUCUUGAAUGUAUUGAGUUAGGGGAAUGUAUUGUAAAGAAGAGUUAGGGGAUUUUAAUUUCUGUUUGUUUUUGGGUUUUUUGGGAGGAGGAUAAUCAGUUUAAUUAAUUCAUUAAUUAUCACUGUUUUUAUUUUUUAUUUUUAAAUGGUUAAUUAGUACCAUGAAAUCAAGAUAUUGGUUUAAACUAGGUUAUCAUACUGUGAUAGUUGCAAUGAAUCACAAAUGACUGUAUGUGGUUGAUGGAAUGGGGAACAAAUUGAUUUGAAAUUUGUGUGCACUGGCACUAAAAGAUGUUAUUAUAAAAGAAGGUGUUUUUUGGGGAAAAAAUCCCAAAUGUCUGAAAAUGUAUCACAUACUAAAAUCACAAAAAGUCAAAUACAGUUCUUCACAGAGGCUCUUGGACUUCUUCUUGGACAGCCAGAGGCAGAUCAAGUUGAUCAAGAACAAAGAAAUGAAGAACAACAUCAGUUUAAAGAACAGGUUAAAUAAUGGCUCCAUGCCUGUGGCAGUAGGUGGAGUCAUGCAAUUAAACCAUUCUUGUGUAUUGAUUGUGUUACCGGGCAUAUCAUCAAUAAAAUGAUUACUCUGGAA